GGUAACGCUCACCUACCGGCUGCCCCUAUGAAUACAUUUUUGAAGAGGAACAUACAAACAACAACACAACAGAGAAAAAGAGAUAGAGUGGAAAAUUUUGGAGUGGAGCAGAGAAACAGAAAGUGAGAAACACAAAAAAAAUAAAAAUGGGAGAUACUAUUCAUAUUCCUCGAGUGAAGCUUGGAAGCCAAGGCCUAGAAGUUUCUAAGCUUGGAUAUGGAUGUAUGGGCCUCACUGGAGUAUACAACGCUGCUGUUCCAGAAGAUGUUGCCAUAUCUUUGAUCAAACAUGCUUUCUCCAAAGGAAUCACUUUCUUUGACACUGCUGAUUUUUAUGCUGCACAUACCAAUGAAGUUUUUGUCGGAAAGGCACUUAAGGACAUACCACGAGAUCAAAUUCAGAUUGCUACAAAGUUUGGGAUUGUCAAAAUGGAAUCUGGUAACGUUGUAGUAAAUGGUAGUCCUGAAUAUGUUCGAUCAUGUUGUGAGGGUAGUCUUCAACGUCUUGGGGUGGAUUACAUUGAUCUCUAUUAUCAGCACCGUAUUGACACCACUGUUCCCAUUGAGGACACUAUGGGAGAGCUUAAGAAGUUGGUUGAAGAGGGAAAGAUUAAGUACAUAGGAUUAUCUGAGGCUAGUACUGAUACAAUCAGAAGGGCACAUGCUGUUCAUCCCAUUACUGCUGUUCAAAUGGAAUGGUCUCUUUGGACUCGUGAAAUUGAGCCAGAUAUCAUUCCCCUUUGCAGGGAACUUGGCAUUGGAAUAGUACCGUACAGUCCCCUUGGCCGUGGAUUUUUUGGAGGCAAGGCUAUUACAGAAAGUGUACCUGCAGACAGUUUUCUGGCAAUCCAACCAAGGUUACAAGGGGAAAACUUUGACAAGAACAAGAUCUUUUAUCAUCGGAUGGAAAAGUUGGCACAAGAGAAGCAUGAAUGUACAUCUUCACAACUUGCUCUUGCAUGGAUUCUUCAUCAAGGAGACGAUGUAGUGCCCAUCCCUGACUGUCAUGUGUUGUAGGAACAACUAAGAUAAAAAAUCUUGAAAGUAAUAUCAGUUCGUUUAAAGUGAAACUCAACAAAAAUGAUUUGAAGGAGAUUGAAGAUGCUGUGCCAAUAUCUGAGGUGUCAGGGGAUCGGACAACUGGUGCUUUUGUUCAAUGUUCUUGGAAGUUUGCUAAUACUCCAACAAAAUCAUAGCUUGAUGCCAGUUUUGUACCUCAGUGUUUGAGACUCAAACUAGUUUCUGGUCUCUUUGAAUGUUGUUAAAAAUUUAAUCCCAUAUAAUAAAACCGAUUGUCAUUGGUCGAAUGCGGAUAACUCAGCAAAAUUUGUGUUUCAUGCUUAGUUGUGUCCAUGUUAUGUGAUUAAACCAAUUUGCUUAUAAUUAAUGUGAAAUCAUGUUCUACUAAUA